AUGCAGCUUGCCGACGUCCAGGCGUCUCGCUUCUGGUCUGCGUACAGGAACCUCGUGGCGCCGCUGCGCAAUCCUACCGUUGCCGUGACUGCCGAGAGCCUCAAGGACGUUCUCCUUUCUCGAAUGAACCCUCCUCCUCCCGCACAACAAGACUUCACGAGCGGAGCUAGCUCAGAGCCGUUGCUUGGCCCGCGUCUACCCACACUGGAUGCCGCCCCCAGCAUAGUCGCUCCCCACUAUCUGUUUGCUCAGCCCUUUGUGGAGGAAGAGAUUGCGGGGCUCAAGGUACACCUCAGGGACCUUCACCACUCUGCGACAGGGACAGACGGCAUUAAAUACGAGGAUGUUGUUCGAAUGGACAACACGGCGGGUUCCGACGCCGACGAGCUGAACGGCCCCCAUAUCGGUGGCGGCAAGUGCGACGACCCGGAGAGCGAGCGAGCGAGCGAGCACAACAUGCCGAUGAAGCUGCCUCACCCUUCCAUAAAACCGAGAAGACGAGGCUCCAGCUCCGAGUACCACAAGCAGACGGACUACUGCGCAGCAUUAGCAGGGAUCAUGAGCUCAAAACCAGGACCUUUCGCGAUCUCGGGGCACGUCCUUAUGGAACCCGCGCAGCUCGCGCUCUUCUUCAGAACAAAGGCUGGGAUCAACUACUCGCUCGACUUCCCGAUCGACACGGAUACGCCGCUGAGAACCCUCCCGCUCAUCGCGACGCUCGACCUUGCGAACCACCCUAUCCUCGACGCCGUGCGCAACUUGCCCUUCCGAUUGCUUCCCGUAGGCCACUACCUCACCGUCGUGCAGUACAACCUCGAGAUCUGGCCGAAGGGGAAUGGGCUCGUCGUCCAGCCACCCCCGCCCGACAGCCGUGUCGCGACGAUCCUCGUCACGCUCCCCGUCAAGUCCCACGGCGGGUCGUUGCUCGUGUACAACACGGAAGGGCGCGAGGAGAAGUUUUACGGGCGCGGCGCCAAGGAUGCGGGCCUCGAGUGGACCGCGCCCAUCUUCUUGGAUGCGCUCUCCCCAGCACUCAACGCGUUGCGCAGGCGCAGGGUCGUAUGCUACCUCACUGCCGACUACGGCUUCAACGUCGUCGUGGAGUGGUUGGUGCCUAGCGUGUUAUACCACACGCUGAAGAUGCGCAAGUUCAGGCCAGAGCUGCGCCGGACCGCGGGUGGGUAUAUCCGGCCCAUGGACCAGAGCACCCACACCCGCUGCCCCCUUCACCACCCAUUCACUCCAUUUCGUUCUCAUGAUGGCUAG